AGGAGGACGACGCCGAUGAGGAGCUCUUCGAGCUUUGCGGCGCGUCCACCGUGUACCUCCGGGGCAGGCGACGGGUCGAGGAGGAGCUGCUGGCGGCCACUGGUCAGGAGGCCGCGCCGCUGGCGGGCAACGACAGGCUGGCGCUCGGGAGGCUGCUGGCCUGCGCAAUCGCGUGGAUCUGGUCCGACCACGACCCGCUGCGCGCCGGGUCGCAGAGGAUUUGGCUCGACGGGGUGCAGAUGCUGGACGCGCUGACCGCGAGGGGCGUGCCGAUCUCGCGCUGGAGCACGGCGUACGCGAUGGCCGUGCUGCGCCUCCUGUGGAAGGCGGGCGAGUCGGCGCGCGAGAUCCGCAGCGAGUCGCUGGCGGGGGUGGCGAACGCUGCUGCGGCGGCAGUGGGGCUGAAUGUCGUGGCGGCGACGGCGGAGGACAUCGACGCCGCCGAGGAACACGUCUUGCACGCCCUGGGCUGGAGGGUGGCGGUGCCGUCCGUGCACUGGUGGUUGAGCGCCUUCUGCUCGCGGUUUCACGAACUUGCGCGGCGGGACUUCCCGGGCGGGCACGACCUAGGC